GUCAUUGUACACCACCUCUCUCCAGCUGCUUGGAAACCUGCAGUCCAGACUGGAAUCAUGGACUCUGCCAGGGCCCCCCACAUGACGGUCCGGAGCGAUGUCAGUGACUACCUCAACUAUGACAUCAUCAACAGGCAUUACAACUACACCGGGAAGCUCAAUGACAAUGCCGAAAGUGGGGUCAAAGCAACAUCGGUGGUCUUCAUCAUUAUCUGCUGUUUUAUCAUCCUCGAGAACAUCUUUGUUCUGCUGACUAUUUGGAAAACCAAGAAAUUCCACAGACCCAUGUACUACUUUAUUGGUAACUUGGCACUCUCAGAUUUGCUGGCAGGAGUGGCAUACAUCGCUAACAUCCUUCUGUCCGGCUCCACGACUUAUACCCUCACCCCUGCCCAGUGGUUUCUUAGAGAAGGAAGCAUGUUUGUGGCUUUGUCUGCUUCGGUCUUCAGCCUGCUGGCUAUUGCGAUUGAGCGAUAUAUUACCAUGUUGAAGAUGAAGCUCCAUAAUGGCAGCAAUAGUUUCCGUUCCUUCCUGCUCAUCAGUGCCUGUUGGGUCAUCUCUGUGAUAUUAGGGGGUCUCCCUAUUAUGGGGUGGAACUGCAUUAGCUCCCUGGAGAACUGCUCCACAGUGUUGCCUCUUUAUCAUAAGCAUUAUAUCCUCUUUUGCACCAGUAUAUUUACUGGCCUCUUAUUGGCCGUUGUGAUCCUUUACUGUAGGAUCUACAUCUUGGUAAGGACGAGGAGCCGUAGGCUGACCUUUCGGAAGAAUGUGGCCAAAGCGACCCGGAGCUCAGAGAAGUCACUGGCUCUGCUGAAGACAGUGAUUAUUGUUUUAAGUGUGUUCAUUGUCUGCUGGACUCCCUUGUUCAUUCUUCUGUUGCUGGACGUGAGAUGCAAAGUCAAGGCUUGUCCAAUCCUCUUCAAGGCUGAAUAUUUCUUAGUACUAGCAGUGCUGAACUCAGCCACCAAUCCAAUCAUCUACACACUUACCAACAAGGAGAUGCGGAGGGCCUUUCUCAAGAUUGUACGUUGCUGUACGUGUCCCACCACAGACUCUGGGACCAAAGUCAAGAGACCCAUCAUUGGAGGGAUAGAAUUCAGCCGAAGUAAAUCUGACAAUUCCUCCCAUCCUCAGAAAGAUGAGGGGGAUCCUCCCGAAACAAUUGUGUCCUCCGGUAAUGUCACCUCAUCGUCUUAGGAGCUUUGGCAAAAUGGAGGCCUGAGCCCCUUGAAGGCUGACACCUGGGGGAUAGCUCUGCUUGCAUGUCUCCAGACGAAAGGAGGAGA